GGCCGGGCCCCAGCACCGCACCCGGCGCGCGGCCGUGGGAUCCCCACGCACUUUCCGGUUUCCCGAGCCUGUCACGGGCUGGGCUUCCUAACGUGGGUCCGACGGUCCCUAAUCGAGAGGUUCGAAAAGAUGCAGUGGCCCACGUAAGAACGAAGCCUAACUAUUAGCGCUCGGUGGUGGCUGUUAAUGCCGCUCCACUGGCAGGUCCCUUGGCGCUGCGGACAGCCAGCACCCAAAGAAAGCGUAGUAGGAGCGAGAAGAACAGGCUCGGGGCCAUCUGACCGGGUUUGCCGUCCUGGUGCAUGCGCUGCAGGCGAGUGCCCGGGCUCAGUCUCCUCUUCUGUGAAAUGGGGAUACGCAGGCAUGUUGGGGACUGCACGUGGGGCGCGGCGGGUCUUAGGCAAGGCAGUGCCGAGAUCCCACGCCUCCAGGACCCCGCCUGCCUGUGCCCCCGCUCGGCUCCGCCCCGGGGGCGCCCGGUUUGCACGCGCUGAGCUGUCUCUAAAGUGCGUCACGGGCACCGGGCGCGCUCCUCUGGCUGCCAGGGCGAGGCUGGCACCCGGCCAGCGUGGGCCGGGCCAGGGGUGCCGGGCCGUCUCCGGGGCAGAGACCCCGGCGUGAAAGGUGCUCAAGUUGCGCGGCCCUAGGGGAGCUGCUGGGGGCGCCUUUCGAGACUGGCAGCGCGCCAGGGGCCGGCUUGGGCAGCCGCGGGGCGCAUGAAGCCUACGCAUUGCCUAAAGCCCCACACCCCCGGCUUCCUCCCGCGCGGCGGCGGCGGAGAUUUCCUCUCGGGGAAACUACGCGGAUCCUUCCCGGGGCUCCUCGCCCCGCCCCAGUUCUCCGCCCCCUCCCCUUUACUGGGGAGUCCGGGCUGGCCCGCGUUGGGCAGGAGGCUCGGUUAGCCUGGGCCGGAAGGUAGCGGGGGAAGGCAGGGGGCGGUGGAAGAACUGGCCAGCGAUUCGUCUCGCCAUGUGACGCUGGCCCCAGCCCCGAGACCCCCGCGCGCCGAGCCUCUGGCGGGCGCCCGUCUGCGCUGCGCACCAUGCUCCUGCCGGGACACGCGCGUCCGCCGCCCGCGCCGCAGCCUGCGCAGCAUCCCGGCCUCCGCAGGCAGGUAGAGCCACCCGGGCAGCUCCUGCGCCUCUUCUACUGCACCGUGCUGGUCUGCUCCCGGGAAAUCGCGGCGCUCACCGACUUCUCCGGUUACCUAACCAAACUCCUGCAAAACCACACCGCCUAUGCCUGCGAUGGGGACUAUUUGAAUCUACAGUGUCCUCGGCAUUACACGAUAAGAUCGGCAUUUUAUGGGCAAGAUUUCCAAAUGUGUAGUUCUCAGCAGCCUGCCUCCCAGAGGGAAGACGGCUUAACCUGUGUGGCACCCACCACCUUGCAGAAGGUGCUGGACGAAUGCCAGAACCAGCGGGCCUGCCACCUCCUGGUCAAUAGCCGUAUCUUUGGACCUGACCUUUGUCCAGGAAGCAGUAAAUACCUCCUGGUCUCCUUUAAAUGCCAACCUAAUGAAUUAAAAAAUAAAACGGCGUGUGAGGACCAGGAACUGAAGCUGCACUGCCACGAAUCCAAGUUGCUUAACAUCUACUCUGCGACCUAUGGCAGGAAGACCCAGGACAGGGACAUCUGCUCCUCAGAAGGAGAGUGGCUCCCCCCCUUUGACUGCUUGUCCUCCUCACCUUUACAAGUAUUGUCCAGAAGGUGCUACGGGAAACAGAGAUGCAAAGUCAUCGUCAACAAUCACCAUUUUGGAAGCCCCUGUCUGCCGGGAGUGAAAAAAUACCUCACUGUUACCUAUGCCUGUGUUCCCAAGAACAUACUCACAGCGAUUGAUCCAGCCAUUGCUAACCUAAAACCUUCUGUGAAGCAGAAAGAUGGUGAAUAUGGUAUAAACUUCGACCCAAGCGAAUCAAGGGUCCUGAGGAAAGACGGAGUUAUCGUUAGCAACUCUCUGGCAGCCUUUGCAUAUGUUAGAGCCCACCCAGAGAGAGCUGCCCUGCUGUUUGUGUCCAGUGUCUGCAUCGGCCUGGCUCUCACGUUAUGUGCCUUGGUCAUCAGAGUGUCCUGCACGAAGGACUUCCAGGAGCUGCAGUUGAGUAGGGGCCAUCUGGUGCCAGGAAGUGACAAGGCUGAGGAGGACAGUGAAGAGGAAGAGCAGGAAGAGGACUCUUCUGACUCUGAUUUUCCAGGGGAGCUGUCGGGGAUUUGUAGGACUUCAUAUCCUGUCUACAGUUCCUUAGAAGCUGCAGAGCUAGCAGAAAGGAUUGAGCGCAGGGAGCAAAUCAUCCAGGAAAUAUGGAUGAACAGUGGUUUGGACACCUCACUCCCAAGAAACAUGAGCCAGUUCUACUGAAGAUCAGACAUCUUGAUGUGAUCACACUUUCUGAAGAGGAAAGGAUCUAAAUGUCCCCCCAGUUCUGUUUCACUCGUACCUUCUAUGAAGGAGAAUUCAUCAUGUCAUCCAAUACUGGUGAAGCCAGAAGCUACUAAAGGGCCAUUUCAAAUCGUUUACAGUGUAUCCCAAAAUAAAUUAGGAGGGAAGAGG